GAGCCACCGCGCCCGGCCUUGGAUUAAUUUAUAUUUUUACAGUUAGGCCCUCAGUACAGUAAGUUCUCACUUAACCUCAUCCGUAGGUUCUUGGAAACUGGGGCUUUAAGCCAUGCAGUGUAUAAGGAAACCAGUUUCAUCAAGGCUAAUUGAUAGAAAGAAGAGGUAAGUUCCUACAGCACAUUCCUGGUCACAAAAACAUCACCAAACUUCUAAAUAACGACCAAAGCAUUUCUGUAUGAAACAUUGAAAUACAUGUGAGCUCUACAUACACUGAAGAAAGUAAGAUCAUUAUCCAAUUUCUGGUGACUCAGUGAGUGACAGGAUCGUGGAGGUGCUGCCUUAAAUCAAGGAUAAUGUUGGCCUAGCCAAAGCUCUGAAGCGCCUCCUCCCGCCAUGCAGUUUCGAAACAAACCAAUUCUCAGUUGACUGCUUUCCUGCUGCACCGGGUGUUGUCCUGCAUCUGUGUGAUUACCGUAUGCUUUACGAAUUUCUAUUUGACGAUAAUUUGUAUCCUUCCAUUCAUUUUCCAACCUGUUUAUUCCAGUUCAGGGUGGCAGGGAGCCGAGCCCAUCCGGGCAGCUUAGGACCAAGGCAGGGAACAGGGCUGGAGAGGAGGGCACCCCAUGGCGGGGCACGCUCACUCAAACACUCAGACAGGGACAGGCCAGUGAGCCUCAUGUGCAUGGCUUUGAGUUGUGGGAAGAAUCCGGGAUACCUGGAGAAAACCCACAGCGUGUGGAGAGAACGUGUAAACUCCACACAGUGGCACCUGCUGGGGACCAAUUUUUUUUCUCAUCAAAGUUGUAACCGAAACAUUAGAAGAAACAAUGUUAUUCCCAGGCCUGCUAUGCCAGUUCCUAGAUUACUUGAAUAAAUUUCUCCUCAGAGUGUAUUUUGAACACGUCUGUCUUCAUAAAAUAUACCACGUCCAAAAUCUAAAAGGGCCAAUUCCAAAUUAUUCUUUUGAAGGGAAAUUAGCUUUGAAGGGAAUUGAAGCAAGUAUAACAAGAAUCUGUUCUGUGUGAAAAGACCUAUUUUAGAUACUUCAAAGGUCAUCUCAUUAAUCCUCACGGCAAUGCUGCAAAGCCAGCACAAUUGCACCUGGUUUAUAGAUGAGGAGCCUGGGGCUCAGUUGUGGUAAGUAUCUUGGGCAGCAAUGUGGUAGCGUUCAACUGGAACUCAGGUUGAUCUCUCCACAUAUUCUGUAUGUCAGUGUUUUGGACAGACUGAAGUUAGCCAGUGUUCCUCUUGCGUUCCAGUUUCUUCAUUGUUCCCUUUCUCCCCAAAAUAAGCAUAUCAUGCUGAUUUCCAGCCUGCCAGUGCUUUCCUCCUACCUGAAGUGUGGCAUGUUCAUUUUCCUCUGUGUAGCUUUCAAAUGCCACUUUAACUGUUAUCUCUUUAGGAGAUUUUUCCUUUACAAGUCUCCAGUGCUAGCCUGAAAUUUUACAGUACUUAUCUGUCAUAUAUUAAUGGAUUGAUUAAUAGUAACCACUUGUAUUAAUGUGUUCUCAACAGCUCAGGAGUGAACUAUUUGAGGAUAGGGAUGAGUCAAAGUGUAACUGAUUUGAGUUCACCCCCUUCCUCCAGAACCAGAAUGUGUUGCUUAGUGCCACCCUGUAGCAGGCAUUCCCACUGCUGCAUUAUCAGUUAGACUGUUCCACAGAUCGUUCUCACAGACUUCAUAAAAGGUUUUGAUGUGCACUGUAACUCUGACUUUCUGUUGACCAUGUUUUUCAGCAGAAGAAUAGAAGGAAUAUGAUAUGAUGUGAUGAUAGAAUUUGUGAUAGCCAGGCAACAACUUCUGAUUCGGCAUGUUAAAACAUAAGGGUCACUCAUCUAAGAAAAAUAACUUGGCAAUCAAUGCAGUUGCUUUACAAGAUCACAUUUUACAUGAUCUUCAGCUUCGAAAUCUUUCAGUUGCAGAUCAUUCUAAGACACAAGUACAAAAGAAAGAGAACAAAUCUCUAAAAAGAGACGCAAAGGCAAUAAUAGAUACUGGACUUAAAAAAACUACACAGUGCCCCAAACUGGAAGAUUCAGAAAAAGAAUAUGUUCUUGAUCCCAAACCGCCACCAUUGACUUUGGCACAGAAGCUGGGCCUCAUUGGGCCUCCACCACCUCCGCUGUCAUCAGAUGAGUGGGAGAAGGUGAAACAGCGGUCCCUCCUGCAAGGGGACUCCGUGCAGCCGUGCCCCAUCUGUAAAGAAGAUUUCGAGCUUCGUCCCCAGGUGCUGCUUUCAUGUUCCCAUGUGUUCCACAGAGCAUGUCUUCAGGCUUUUGAAAAGUUCACAAAUAAGAAAACCUGUCCUCUCUGUAGAAAGAACCAGUAUGAAACCCGAGUGAUACAUGAUGGGGCCCGCCUGUUCAGGAUAAAGUGUGCCACCAGAAUCCAAGCCUGUUGGAGAGGAUACGUUGUUAGAAAGUGGUACCAAAACCUGAGGAAAACAGUACCUCCCACAGAUGCCAAGUUAAGAAAAAAAUUCUUUGAAAAAAAGUUCACAGAAAUCAGUCACCGCAUCCUGUGCUCAUACAACACCAACAUCGAAGAGCUCUUUGCAGAAAUCGAUCACUGCUUGGCGGUAAAUCGAAGUGUUCUUCAGCAGUUGGAAGAAAAAUGUAGCCAUGAGAUCACAGAAGAGGAAUGGGAAAAAAUCCACAAACAGGCUCUGCGCCGGGAGGCCCGCGACUGCUCCAUCUGCCUGGCCCCUCUGUCCCCUGCCAGCAGUCAGCGCGUGGGCACAGGCCAGCGUUCCCGAGAGACAGCCCUCCUGUCCUGCUCACACGUGUUCCACCACGCCUGUCUGCUCGCGUUAGAGGAGUUCUCCGUGGGAGAUGGGCCUCCUUUCCAUGCCUGUCCUCUCUGCCGCUCCUGCUACCAGAAGAAAAUUCUUGAAUGUUGAAUUCAUAUUCAGGGAAAGUAAGAGAAUUCUGAGGAAAAAAGUUUACCACAAUUUUGGAUGAACUGCAUGGGUUCUGUUUUAAGUACUACGAUGUAAUCUGUUCCCCAGAGAAAUAAGCUAUUGGUAGUUGUAGGAAAUCUAAGUAUAUUUUAAAAGCUGACAGUCCUUCUAAUUUUAGUCUUUUGUCUCUAAAAAGUAAAUUUCAAAUUCAUGAGUUUAGUCACUUGAAAUAAAUGGAUGGCACGAAAAAUGGGCUUGCUUACUUUUAAGAAUGGAGGUUAGGAUAUAACUAGUGUCUGACAAGCUAGGAAACUAAACAUGUGUCUUAAGUUCUGUUAAUAUUUUAAGUAUCUUAAAGCCUUUGCCAUUCCUAAUAUUUGUUUUGUAAUAAUUGCUAUAUUUGUGUAGUAAAAUAUAAAAAUAUUCAGUGGCAUUCAACAUCAAAAAACAGAAAUUUUAAUGUCUUAGAGCAAUAAAGACUGCUUUAGUUCAUACAUUUUAAAACAGUGAAGCUUUUUGGCUAAGAGUUGUUUUUGUCACUGGUUUACAAUUACUGGGAGCUUGGUUAUUUACAGUAACCAAUUACAGUCUCAUCAGUUAGGUUGCCCCUAGCCGAAUAACAGAUAAAACCCCAAAUCUCAGUGGCUCGCC